AUGACUUCUGAAAACGGUAAUCGCAUGGAGUCGCACCAGCAUGGGGCAUAUUCUGGUGAACCACAAGGAGUUACCAAUUCGCCUGUCUACGAAAACUACGUCUCACAGGACGAAUUUGAGAUUUCCAACGCGAAUGAAAUUGAGGAAAUGGGCGACGCUCUAGAGGCGCCUGUUUCUCCUUAUGCUUGUGCCUACUGUAACCUCGACUCCUCUAGGUGCGUUGUUAAAUGCAAUAUUUGUAACAAGUGGUUUUGCAAUUCCAAAAACGGUACUUCUACAUCGCACAUCAUUAAUCAUUUCGUUUUAUCUCACCACAAUAGCGUUUCUUUGCAUCCUGAUUCAGAUUUAGGAGAUACCGUACUAGAAUGUUACAACUGCGGUUGCAAGAAUGUGUUCGUACUCGGAUUUGUGUCAGCCAAGAGCGAAGCAGUGGUUGUUAUACUUUGCCGACUGCCUUGUGCGCAAACUAAGACUGUUAGUUGGGACACAGAUCAGUGGCAAUCGUUGAUAGAAAAUAGACAAUUUCUGUCGUGGGUUGCGGAAGAACCUAGUGACGAAGAGUUAUUACGUGCAAGAAUGAUCUCACCCAGCCAGAUUUCGAAACUUGAAGCAAAGUGGAGAUCUAAUAAAGACGCGACUAUCAACGAUGUAGAUGCACCAGAUGAGAAGGAAGACGUGCCCCAUGUUUUAAUGAGAUACGCAGAUGCAUAUCAAUAUCAGAGAUCAUUUGCACCUUUAGUAAAAAUAGAAGCUGACUAUGAUAAGCAACUCAAAGAAUCUCAGGCAUUGGAACACAUUUCUGUAUCCUGGACAUUGGCACUUAAUAACAGACACCUAGCGUCCUUCGCUUUAUCCACAUUUGAAUCCAACGGGCUUAAAGUAGCAGUCGGUGAUGAAAUGAUUUUGAGAUAUUCUGGGGUUCAGCAUCCAGAAUGGGAAGGGCGUGGUUACAUAGUUCGCUUGCCUAAUAGCUUCCAAGAUCAGUUGACUCUUGAACUGAAGCCCAAUAAGAAUGCCCCUCCCACCAAUUUGAACACGGGAUUUACGGCCGAAUUUGUUUGGAAGGGUACCUCUUACGACAGAAUGCAAGAAGCAAUGAAAAAGUUUGCCGUUGUGAAAAAGUCUGUCUCAGGAUUUCUUUACUACAAGAUCUUAGGGCAUGAUGUGCCAGAUCUCGAAUUUGAUGUAAAUCUGCCUAAACAAUUUUCCAUCCCACACUUCACACAGCUGAAUGUCUCUCAGGCUAAUGCGAUUCGUCAUGUUUUACAACGGCCUCUAUCGUUGAUUCAAGGGCCUCCAGGUACCGGAAAGACAGUCACUUCCGCUACUAUUGUCUAUCAUCUGUCAAAACUGCAUAAAGAACGGAUUUUGGUUUGCGCACCUUCAAAUGUUGCUGUGGAUCACCUAGCUGCUAAGCUUCGUGACUUAGGGCUGAAGGUCGUUCGCUUGACAGCUAAAAGCAGGGAAGACGUUGAAAGCUCGGUCUCCAACUUGGGAUUACAUAAUUUGGUGUCGCGCUCUGCCAAAGGAGAGCUUAAGAAGCUCCUGAAACUAAAAGAAGAUGUGGGUGAGUUGUCAUCUAUUGAUACCAAGAAAUUUGUCAAGCAAGUUAGGAAAUCUGAGCUGGAAAUUUUGAAGAAGGCAGAUGUCGUCUGCUGCACCUGUGUAGGAGCUGGUGAUAAAAGACUAGAAGCGAAAUUCAGGACCAUUUUAAUCGACGAAAGCACACAGGCUUCCGAGCCUGAGUGUUUAAUUCCUAUAGUCAAAGGCGCCAAACAAGUAGUUCUUGUUGGUGACCAUCAGCAAUUAGGACCGGUAAUUCUUGACAGGAAAGCAGCAGACGCAGGGUUGAAACAAUCGCUUUUUGAGAGGCUCAUUUCGUUGGGUCAUGUCCCGAUUCGUCUCGAAGUCCAGUACCGAAUGAAUCCACAUUUGAGUGAGUUUCCUAGUAAUAUGUUUUACGAAGGGAGUCUACAAAAUGGUGUUACCAUCGAGCAGCGCACGGUGGCCAAUAGCACCUUCCCUUGGCCUAUUCAUGAUUUACCUAUGAUGUUUUGGUCGAACUACGGAAGAGAAGAGAUUUCUGGAAAUGGUACAUCGUAUCUGAAUAGGAUUGAGGCGAUGAAUUGUGAACGUGUUAUUACCAAGUUGUUUAAAGAUGGAGUGAAGCCUGACCAAAUUGGGGUCAUCACUCCGUAUGAGGGCCAACGAGCUUACAUAGUGCAGUAUAUGCAAAUGAGCGGUUCUAUGGAGAAAGACUUGUACAUGAACGUUGAAGUUGCCUCUGUUGAUGCAUUUCAAGGUCGUGAGAAAGACUACAUCAUAUUAUCGUGCGUGCGUGCUAAUGAGCAGCAGGCUAUUGGGUUUUUAAGUGACCCUAGACGUCUGAACGUAGCUCUCACACGUUCGAAAUACGGACUUGUUAUUUUGGGUAACCCGAGAUCGCUCUCAAGAAAUAGCCUCUGGAGUCAUCUUUUGGUUUAUUUCAGAGAGAAGGGUUGCUUGGUUGAGGGUGCCUUAGACAACUUGCAGCUUUGUACCGUACAGUUGACCAGGUCAUCCAAUGCGCGGAACGUUCAAAAAAAUAAUCUUGAUAAAAUGGAUUUCAAUAAUAGCUCUGAUUUUGGCAAACUGAACAUUGGUGAUUUUGAUACUCAGAGUCUGAUGUCGUAUGGUGGUGUUGAAGGUUUUGAUAUGGGCGGUAAUAAUCAACUGAAUACAUUCUUGAACAGCUUUCCAUCUCUUGGCCAACCAGUACGUUCUCAAAAUGGUAUUGACACUAAUGUCUUUGAUGAAAAUUUGAGAUUUGAUUCAAGUCUUGCUCGUGGGUUACAAAAUUAUGAUGGAGCUGCCUCAAAGUAUGAGGAUGCUAUGGACGAUAAGGGAGAAGGAAAGACGAUAGAUGCAAUGAGAAGUUUGCAUUUUUAA